AAAGAGAACAAAAAUGGAAAGCAUGAUUGUCUUCUUCUCCGUCUUUCACGAGCCACGGCGUAUGCAGCCGCCCCGUUGUUUCUUCAAUCUUCUUCUCCGGGGAGCCUUAGGCGGCGGGGAUACGCAAUAAGUGGAUACAAAUGUCUUUAUUGUAUCAGGUACCGAUUAGGGAAAUUUAUGCUAAAGAGACAACCAGAGUUUUUCUUUCUUGCUUUGCUAGAUAUGUGCGUGUCUUGUGCAAUUCGCACAACUCCAGGUUAUCGUCGCCGUUUUCUACCUAUCAGGUUGUGCCGAAAAUCUCAUCAACAGAUAGAGACUAUAGUGCCAAUUCGAAUGUUGCACGCACGAACUGGCUGAUCACAAAGCUUGGUAAAGAAGGAAAAAUCGGAGAGGCACGUAGGGUGUUCGAGGAAAUGCCCGAUCGAGAUGUGGUCUCAUGGACUGCAGUAAUUACAGGGUAUAUCAAAUGUGGAAUGAUUGAGGAAGCUAAGAAGCUAUUUGAUAGAGAUGACGCUAUAAAGAAUGUUGUUACUUGGACAGCAUUGGUUAGUGGAUAUGUAAGAUUGAGCCGGAUUGAGGAGGCUAGAAGCUUGUUUGAUGCCAUGCCAGUUAAGAAUGUUGUUUCGUGGAACACUAUGAUUGAAGGGUAUGCGCGAAAGGGUUGGGUCGAUCAGGCUUUUGAUUUGUUUAAAAGAAUGCCCGAGAGGAAUGUGGUUUCUUGGAACACUGUUAUUACAGCAUUGAUGAAAAGGAGGAGAGUAGAUGAAGCUCAGGAGCUUUUUAACCAGAUGCCGGAGAGAGAUGUGAUUUCUUGGACGGCCAUGGUGGCUGGUUUGGCAAAAAAUGGGAGAAUUGAUGAUGCCCGUUUAGUGUUCGAUAAAAUGCCUGAGCGAAAUGUGGUUUCCUGGAAUGCAAUAAUUACUGGGUAUGCUCAGAAUAUGCGGCUGGAUGAGGCCUUUGAACUGUUUGAGAAAAUUCCAGAGAGGGAUGUGCCUUCAUGGAACGCCAUGAUUACAGGGUUCAUUCAAAACGGUAAGCUUGAAAGGGCAGUGGAUUUGUUCUAUAAAAUGCCUAACAAAAAUGUUGUUUCUUGGACAGCAAUGAUUUCUGGACAUGUACAAGAUGGGCAAAGUGAAGAAGCAUUGAAGAUUUUUUCAGAAAUGCAAGCAGCCAACAAUGUAAAACCAAAUGAAGGUACUUUUGUCAGCGUGUUGGGUGCUUGUAGUAACUUAGCCGGUCUUUGCGAGGGACAACAAAUUCACCAGAUAAUAAGUAAGUCAGUAUACCAAGAAGUUACAGAUGUAGUAUCAGCUUUAAUAAGCAUGUAUUCAAAAUGUGGGGAGUUGGAUAUGGCUCGCAAGAUAUUCGAUGAUGGAUCGACAAGCCACAGAGAUGUAGUUUCUUGGAAUGGGAUGAUUGCAGCCUAUGCUCAUCAUGGCCAUGGCUACAAAGCAAUUCGUUUAUUUGAUGAAAUGCAGGCAUUGGGAUUUCGUCCAGAUAAUGUCACCUAUAUCGCGUUGCUUUCUGCUUGUAGUCAUGCUGGCCUUGUGGAUGAGGGGUUGAAAUACUUCGAAAAUCUCGUAAGAGAUGGGUCUAUAACGCUAAGAGAAGAUCAUUUCACAUGCUUGGUCGAUCUUUUUGGCCGAGCGGGACGACUCCAAGAGGCAUUUGAUUUCAUCAAGGGGCUUGAGGAUAAGCCUUCAUCGUCUGUUUGGGCAGCUCUUCUUGCUGGAUGUAAUGUUCAUGGCAAUAUAGAUUUGGGCAAGUUAACGGCUGAAAAGCUUUUGGAAACAGAACCAGAGAAUGCAGGAACCUUUAUGCUGCUAUCUAACAUAUAUGCUUCAACUGGAAAAUGGAGAGAAGCUGCCAAAGUAAGGUUGAAAAUGAAGGAUAAGGGAUUGAAGAAGCAACCUGGUUGCAGUUGGAUAGAAGUUGGUAAUGCAGUGCACGUGUUCGUAGUGGGCGACAAUUCUCAUUGCCAAUCUGAAAAUAUUUAUCCUUUACUUCAUGAUCUGCAUAUGAAAAUGAAGAAGAUUGGUCAUACAUUAUAUGAAGAUUUAACAGUGGAUUUGAAUCUUGUGAUUCCAUGAGCCUGUAAUUGGUGUCAAAUUUGCUUGGCCAACCAUAUGUUCUUCAACGCUGCUACACCCAGAGGUUGGUUCAAUUCCUAUGUUCAUCUCCAUAUCUCUUCCCUGCCAUAUUCACAGGCAAAUGGCAAGCAGGGAAGCGAGCGGCUUGUACUGAUGAGAUUGCCUCCACCGUCAACAACUAAGCUAAAUCUUGUGCCCUUUGCUACAGUUGGAUUGAUGUUAAUUAUAUCAACACUUUCAACCCAAACUAAAUCAGAAGGUGGGGGAUAAGUAAGGAAUAAUAUAUCGAAAUAUAUGGGCAAAAAUUUAACAUUUAUAGAACAAUUACUAUAAAUUUUAUUUUUUCUUUAAAAAAAAAAAAAAUCCCCGUAAAAUAAGAUAACCUGAAAAAGGAAAUUGUGGUGAAAUCGGCUUUAGCUACACGCUACGGGUAACAUUUCUUCAACCAUAAAGUUUGCAGCUUUAUCUUUUACUCAGCCCAAUAGCCUCUGCCUCUGUUCUCUAAUGGCUUCCUCUAAAUCUAGUCCAAUUCCUUCAAUGGAUAUGCUCUGAAACUCCCAGUCCACGCCUCUACCUCGAACAACACACCGGAAAGGCCAUGGCAAUGACAUGGCACAUGGCGUUUUGGAUCGCUAACAUGGUUUGGGUGGCCUUGAGCGACUGUGUUUCUUCUUGUUUGGCCAUCGCCGACGAGGUCGCGGGCUCCAUCAGAACUGGUGAUAUUGGCCCUUUUCACAUCGGCUGACCGGAGAUUCUUCGAUUUCGUCAAUUCGUAACCCUCUGGUAAAAAAGAACUAUUAGUAGAUGAGUACGAACUGUGAAAGCUGAGGAACAAAAGUUACUGUGUUGGACUAUGGCUGCUGCUUCCACACCCAUCCUGAAUUGGUAAAAAUUGUAUAUUCUUGAGUCAUCUGCAUGUUUUAGCUCGUUGGAGCUCUGACCACGAGAACAUGUUAGUUUGAAAUAUUCGUAUCAAUUACUUACGUACAAUCUUGUUAAAACAUUUAAUUCCUAAGAACUUUUGGUAGUUUUAGUA